AUGAGGGCCAAAGUCCAGGGGAUGAGAAUGAUUAACAGAAGAACCAAAAGUGAUGUGAGCAAAGGCCUUUUACACCGCGAGUAUUUAGGAUCCAGACUGCACCAACAGAGCGAGAAGCACAGUGGGGAGAAACCGUAUGUCUGUGACCGGUGUGGACAGCGGUUUGCUCAGGCCAGUACACUCACAUACCACGUCCGUCGGCACACUGGAGAGAAACCCUACAUCUGCGAUACAUGUGGAAAGGCAUUUGCCGUCUCCAGUUCCCUCAUUACACAUGCACGCAAACACACAGGUGAAAAGCCGUACAGCUGCCGCUCAUGUAACAAAAGCUUCAUUUCUUCAGGAGAGCUGAAUAAACACACCCGAUCCCAUACGGGUGAGAAACCUUUUGUCUGUGAAUUGUGUGGGAACUCCUACUCUGAUGUGAAGAAUUUAAAGAAACACAACAGUAAAGCUCAUGCUGUGAAGAGGAGUGAUGAUGGAGUCGACUUUGUGGAGCAUGAAUCUCAGGAUGACUCUGAGUUGAACUUACCCCUCAGUGUGGCUGUGGGAGCAGAUCAGCAGCAAAUGUUGCUCCCCAUGACCGAUGGAUCGUCCUUAUCCACAGAGCACUUGUUGCGACCAUCUGCGUACCCAGAGACACAACUCAUCUUCUUGCAGCAGUUGUACUGACAGGGUUACAGCUCAGCACAGACAGGGCAACUGGGAGAGGAAAGAGUAAAGGAGACAGAAAGGGGGGUGGUGCAGCAAGGUAGACACUGUAGGGUAGAGAGAGCACGAUUGGGGGAGA